AUGGCAGACAGCACCGACGCUACCGCUGCGGGAAGCCCCACCGCGUCGCCAUCGAUCUCGGCGCCGACUGCUGGACCGAGCACGUCCCCGCGCUCCAAACGCGCCGUAUCGCCCGUUGCGGAAGAAGCGCACGCCUCGUCCAGCGACGCACGACCUCGGCGCUCACGCUCGCCAGAACGCGCACCAUCUCGAGAGCCCGAUGCGCCUGCAGCCAAACGAGCUCGCUCAUCCGAUGGCGAGGAUCGCAAACGCGACCGGCGCAUGUUUGGACUGCUCACAUCGACGCUGACGCAAUUCAAGCGGGAGUCGCAAUCGACGCGCGCGGCCACACUCGCCUCGAACCGCGCCAGCAUCGAAGCACGACUGGCCACCAAGCUGCGACACACGUCGGCAGUAGCGCAAGGGCUGGAGCGAAAAAAGACGCUGCUCUGGCAGGCGAGAGAGCUGGCCGAACGGAUGGCAGAACAAGAUGCACAGCGCGCAACCCUGCGCAAGAUGAAACGAAGACAAGCCAGUUUCCUCUUCACCCACAACCGCACCCGCAGCGAUCCAACCAGACUCGCAGCACAUAUCCCAACGUCCCAACCACCGCGUGAGACAGAUUGGCCCGUCUACUUCUUGCCCGGCAAAACGCUACCCGACCAGGAAGAUGCUCUUAACGCCCAGGAGGAUGGCGUGGACGACCAGAUCGAAGAGCACGACGAUGCGUGGACGGUCAAACGCAACACCCUCCUCGCCCGCCUCAACGACCUCAAAUCCCAACUACGCAGCAUGUAA